AUGUCCUGCUAUGACCUGUGCCGUCCCUGUGGGCCAACCCCCCUUGCCAACAGCUGCAACGAGCCCUGCGUCAGGCAGUGCCAGGACUCCCGAGUGAUUAUCGAACCAUCUCCCGUGGUGGUGACCCUGCCCGGACCCAUCCUCAGCUCCUUCCCCCAGAACACCGCCGUGG